AUGGGAAGCGUGGGACACGUGAAUGCGUGCAUAGGUUUGGCUGAAGUACUGCUGAGUCGGGGCCACAAAAUUGUGUUCGUUGUCAACAAAGCCUUUACGGGAAAAAUAUCGCCGUUUGGUUUCAUUGAAGAGAUAAUGCCUUCGGAGGAGACUAAUGGCCAAAAGCCGGGACCAGAUAUUGCCGGGCGUUUGCUGGGAACGGGACUCCUGUCCGCCGAAACAUCUUAUAAAUCGUUGGAAAUUAUGCAGACUUUACCCCUAUUAGAGGCAAUGAUACCCACAAUGAGAGCUAAUGAGCCAAAGCUUAAGGCUAUUGUAGCCAAACAUAAUCCCGAUGUGUUUAUUGUUGACGACUUUGUUGGCUCUCCGACACUAAUCCACUCAACCAAACCCUGGGUUUUCCUGUUUAGUGGAAAUCCAUUGUUUGUUUUACACGACGACAGGACACCUCCGGGAAUGUCGGGCUAUCCUUCAAACGGAGACCGAAAAGGAUGGCAAGAAUUCAGAGAAAUGUCCAAAAAUAGGACUAAAAAACAAUUAAUUAAAUACAAUGAAUGGAUGAAAGAGGAAGGCUUUCCCAUAUCGACUAUUGACAGAGCGAUCCCAGAAUCGCCGUAUCUUAAUAUCUAUGGAUAUCCUGAAGAACUCGAUUACACAGAUCUCAGAGCACUUCCAAAGAAGUGGUUAAGUGUUGACGCAUUUAUGAGGAAAGGAGAAAAACAAGAGUUUAAAAUUCCCGAUAAAUUCCUGGACAGAGAUAUUGAGAAAAGUAAAUUAAUUUACUUCUCAAUGGGAACUAUGGGUUCAAUAAAUGUGGAUAUUAUGAAGAGAUUGGUGUCUAUUCUCAGCAAAAGUCACCACAAGUUUAUUGUCUCAAAAGGACCUCGUGGAAACAUGUAUGAAUUGGCUGACAAUAUGUGGGGCGAGAAUUCAGUUCCGCAGACAAAAUUGUUGCCAUUUGUGGAUCUGGUUAUAACUCACGGCGGGAACAACUCUGUGACCGAGACUUUCACUUAUGGUAAACCAAUGAUUGUAAUGCCAUUAUUUGGUGAUCAAUGGGAUAACGCACAGAGAGUGGACGAAAAGGGAUUUGGGAUUAGACUUAAUCCGCACACCGUUUCAGAGCAGGAAUUAUUAGAUACAAUUGAAAAGCUAUUGAAUGAUAAGGAAUUGAAACACAAAUUAUCCGUCGCUUCAAAACGCGUGGGACACGUGAAUGCGUGCAUAGGUUUGGCUGAAGUACUGCUGAGUCGGGGCCAUGCAAUAGUGUUUGUCGGUGGUCAGCCCUAUGCGGGAAAGUUAGCGCCGUUUGGUUUCAUUGAAGAGAUACUCACAUCGGAUUACAAACACAAAAAGGCCGGAGAACUGGAGGCCAAGAUUGCAAAUUUUCAAUUCAUUGACGUUAUGAUUAACGAAAUGCGUGCGAAUGAACCGAAACUGAAGGCAAUUAUAGCCAAACAUAAUCCCGAUGUGUAUAUCAUCGACGACUUCGCCGGCUCUCCGACACUAAUCCACUCAAACAAACCCUGGGUUUUGUUGAUAAGCGGAGGUCCGCUGUUUGCCAUCAAUGAUGAUAACACACCACCAUUUGCUUCCGAACUGACUGACAGUAUAUUCAGGAAACAAAGCCUUAAAUACAACGAUUGGAUGAAAGAAGAGGGCUUUCCCAUCACUACUAACAAUAAAGCUAUUCCUGAAUCGCCGUAUCUUAAUAUCUAUGGCUUUCCCGAAGAACUGGAUUAUACAGACAUCCGACCCAUUCCUGAGAAGUGGUUAAGAGUCGACACAUUUAUGAGAAGAGGAGAACUUAAUUGUAAAAUAGAUUUGAAAAUUCCGGAGAUAUUUCUUGAAAGAGAUGAACAGAAAAACAAAUUAAUUUAUCUCUCAAUGGGUUCUAUGGGUUCAGUGGAUGUAAAUCUAAUGAAGAGAUUGGUGUCUAUUCUCAGCAAAAGUCAGCACAAGAUUAUUGUCUCAAAAGGACUUCUCGGAGACACAUAUGAAUUGGCGGACAAUAUGUGGGGCAAGAACUCAGUUCCGCAGACAAAAGUGUUGCCAUUAGUAGAUGUGGUCAUAACUCACGGCGGGACCAAUUCAGUGACUGAGACAUUCGUUUGUGGUAAACCAAUGAUAAUAAUGCCAUUAUUUGCUGAUCAAUACGAUAACGCACAGAGAGUGGAGAAAAAAGGCUUCAAGAUUGUAGAGCAAAAUUGUGAAAUAUUACAGUUUCUUAAGAAUACCUUAACGAUAUUGUUUGCGCCGAUGGAAGGCGUGGGACACGUGAAUGCCUGCAUAGGUUUGGCUGAAGUACUGCUGAGUCGGGGCCACAAAGUGGUGUUCGCUGUCGACCAGUCAUAUGCGGGAAAGUUAUCGCCAUUUGGUUUCAUCGAAGAGAUCAUAACUUCAGAGGAAAGUAAAGGCAAAAAACCGGGAGAAGACGGCGCCACCAAAUUGCUGGCGUCGGGACUACUGUCCACUAAAACAUCGUUAGAAACGUUAAAAAGUAUGAAAUCGAUGCCGUUUAUGGAUCUAAUGCUCCGGACAUUUAGAGCCAAUGAACCACAGCGUAAGGCAAUUGUAGCCAAACAUAAUCCCGAUGUGUAUAUCAUCGAUGACUUCUUCGGCUCUCCGACACUAAUCCACUCAAACAAACCCUGGGUUUUGUUGUGUAGCGGAAAUCCUCUAUUUUAUAUCGAUGAUGAUAGGACUCCUCCGCCCGCUUCGGGCUAUCCUUCAAACGGAGAUCGAAAACUAUGGGAAGAAUUUCUAGAAUUAAAAAAUGAAAGUUUUAAAAGUCAUGCCAUUAAAUACAAUGCAUGGAUGAAAGAGGAAGGCUUUCCAAUAACUACUAAUAAUAAAGCUAUGCCUGACUCGCCGUAUCUUAAUAUCUAUGGAUAUCCCGAAGAACUCGAUUAUACAGAUCUCAGACCACUUCCAGAGAAGUGGUUAAGUGUCGACGCAUUCAUGAGAAGAGGAGAGAAACAAGAGUUUAAAAUUCCGGAUAAAUUUAAUGACAGAGAUAUAGAGAAAAGUAAAUUAAUUUAUCUCUCAUUGGGUUCUAUGGGUUCAGUAAAUGUGGAUCUAAUGAAGAGAUUGGUGUCUAUUCUUAGCAAAAGUCAGCACAAGAUUAUUGUCUCGAAGGGAGUUCUCGGAGACACAUAUGAAUUGGCGGACAAU